AUGCUUGAAUGCUGCUUUUAUUUUGAAGGCUCCGGCUGAAAGGAGCAACAAUCAGCUGAUCCCCCACAGCUGAGCUUUGUUGUUGGCACUUUGGUGGCGUCUCCGGUACCGAAACGACCAUUGGGAGUGGGUCACCGUCAAAGGCACUGAAGGUCAUCUGGAAAGUCCAAGGUUUUACAGUCAAAACAAGCACGGACAUGGCACCAACACUGUACGAUGAGAAACCAGAGAUCGGGGACUUGAUAGAAAUCUUCCGGGGCUCUUAUCAGCACUGGGCUGUGUAUAUUGGUGAUGGCUUCGUUGUUCACAUGGCCCCACCCUUAGCUGAGGUCCCGGAUGCGGGCUCCAGCAGCAUGAUGUCUGUGCUGGCUGAGAAGGCCCUGGUGAAGAAAGAGGAGCUGUGGGACGUGGUGGGAACCGACCAGUGGAAAAUUAACAACAGCCUGGACAAGAAGUACGAGCCCCGUCCGGCACGCGUCAUAGUGAGGGAGGCGUGGGCACUGGUGGGCCGGGAGCUGCCCUACUGCCUCUUCAGGGGCAACUGUGAGCAUUUUGUAAACGAACUGCGCUACGGAAAAGCUGAAUCCCGGCAGGUGCGUAAGGCAGGUGAAGCGGUCAUGGUCGCAGGUGUGGCUGCAGUGGUGGGCCUGGGUGCUGUUGCCCUGGUGGCAGCUCUGUUUGGAGGCAGCAGGAAAGAAAACAAGGACACGCAGUGAUCAAAGUCCUGGGUCACCUGUUCAGGGGCUUGAUUAAUAGAUUACCAGCAGAGCCUAACUGAUACUUAUCGUAAUCCCUCACAGAUGAUGCUGCUUAGUUUACAUACAAACAUCUGUGAUUCAGUGAGAAAUUUAUGCCAUCUUUAGUUUGAUUAACGCUGAAAGGCUGAGUGGUGGUUUGGGAUCAAGACCCUGAAUUUCCCAGACUUUUUAAAAAAUUUCUACAGGCAGCACAUAUAUGCACAACAAACACUAACUCCACCAGUUGAUUAAGGUGCCAAGAUGAGGUAUGUUUAAAUGUUUUAAUAUGACUUUUUUGAAGAAAGCUCUAUAUAUAUUUUUGAAUUCAACCACAGGGUUGGGGGCUGUUUUCUAUUGGUAAAAUCUAAUAAAUAAAUAAAAUAUUAAUAGAAAAAUAAUAGCUACCCAAAUCAAAUCUAAACAUCUGUGUCGAAAUGCGGGUUCCCAUUAGCCUGUGUUUAAUGCAACAAGAAUAUUUUACAUGUAAUCAGAAUAAGCUAAUAUGAUGAUUUUGUUGUUGUGUCUCACAGAAAAGCCAUACACACUUUCACUUAGCAUUUAUUCUAAGAGCACAUUAAUAAACUGAGGGUCCUCGGCUGAAUAAACUGAACAACUUCGACAUUUUUGUCAGGGCGUGUUACCUCAAAUUAGUUCACAGUUCAUCUACAACUUGUGUUCUGUCUUUCUCUGACAUUUAAUUGUUUGUAAUUGUACUGAAUAAAGAAUAACUUGCAAUUGUG